GAAAAGUAUAUAAAAGCACCAAAAAGACUACGCCAAUGUUUAGUUGCUUGGCAGCCGGUUCGUUUAGUUUUUUUUGCAGUUACUUGUUAAAAAUGUCGGUACCAAACGUAACUUUAAACAAUGGGAAAACCAUGCCAGUUGUUGGUUUAGGCACCUGGGGUAGUCCAAAAGGUGAGGUAACACAAGCCGUUAAAGAUGCGAUUGAUAUUGGAUACCGUCACAUUGACUGUGCACAUGUCUACCAAAAUGAGGAGGAAGUAGGCGAGGCUUUAAGCGUAAAAAUUAAAGAAGGCGUUAUUAAGCGUGAGGAUGUGUUUAUUACCAGUAAACUCUGGAAUACAUUCCAUCGCACUGAUUUAGUUCGUCCCGCAUGUGAAAAGACUUUGAAGAACUUGGGAUUGCAAUAUUUGGAUUUGUAUUUGAUUCAUUGGCCAAUGGCAUACCAAGAAGAUGGUGAACUUUUCCCAUCUGAUGCGGACGGUAAAACACUUUAUUCUGAAGUUGAUUAUGUUGAUACUUGGAAAGAAAUGGAAAAACUUGUUGAGGCUGGUCUUUGCAAAUCCAUUGGCAUAUCCAAUUUCAAUAAAAGUCAAAUUGAACGUGUUUUGCAAGCUGCUAAAAUACCACCAGUAACUAAUCAAAUAGAAUGCCAUCCAUAUUUGAACCAAAAAAAACUUAUGGAAUAUUGUAAAUCCAAAAAUAUUGUUAUUACUGCUUAUAGUCCAUUAGGCUCACCUAAUCGUCCUUGGGCCAAGCCUGGUGACCCCGUUUUGUUGGAUGAUCCUAAGAUUAUUGCCAUUGCUACCAAAUAUGGGAAAACACCUGCACAAAUUCUAAUUCGCUGGCAAGUUGAACGUGGCAAUAUUCCCAUUCCAAAGUCGGUUACUAAGAGUCGCAUUGCAUCUAAUUUCGAUGUAUUCUCUUUUGAAUUAACUAAAGAUGAUAUUGACACCAUUGAUUCAUUUGACUGCAAUGGACGUUUUGUUCCAAUUACCAGUGCCUAUGGUCAUAAAUACCAUCCAUUCGAAAAUGAUGAAUAUUAAAACCCGAAAUUCAUUUAAACAACUUUAAAAUUGUGUGUCAUAUAAAUGUUAACAAAUUUCAAAACAUAUAGAU